GGCUCGGGCGCUGCAGGAGCCGGUGCUGUUCGGAACCUCCAUCCUGGAGAACAUCCGCUGCGGGAAGCCCGGGGCCUCCGAGGCCGAGGUGGUGGCCGCGGCACAACGGGCCAACGCCGACGGCUUCAUCCGAGCCUUCCCCCAGGGCUACCACACCCUCGUGGGCGAGCGCGGCGUGGCCCUGUCGGGGGGGCAGAAGCAGCGUGUGGCCAUCGCCCGGGCCCUGCUGAAGGACCCCCCCAUCCUGGUCCUGGACGAGGCCACCAGC